AUGGACGUCUCACCGUUUGUUGCACUGCUGCUGGUUGCUCUCCUCUCCCUGCUCCUCUUCGCCACAAGGAGGAAGGGUUCUCCGUCCAGCAGGGAUGGCCGGCGAAUGCCGCCGUCGCCGCCGGGGCUUCCCCUCCUCGGCCACCUGCCCCUUCUUGGCUCCCUGCCGCACCGUAAGCUUCGAUCAAUGGCCGCGUCGUACGGCCCCGUCAUGCUCCUGCGCCUGGGCCGCGUGCUCACCGUGGUGGCAUCCUCGGCGGCCGCGGCGCAGGAGGUGAUGAAGGCCCGGGACCUGGCGUUCGCGAGCCGCCCCAGGGUGCGCAUGGCCGAGCGCCUCCUCUACGGCCGCGACAACAUGGCCUUCGCCCCCUACGGCGAGUACUGGCGCCAGGCGCGCCGCGUGUGCGUGCUCCACCUCCUCAGCCAGCGCCGCGUGCACUCCUUUCGCCACGCCCGGGAGCAGGAGGCCGCCGCGAUGGUCGGCCGCGUCCGCCGCGCCGGAGCCGGAGGCCGCGGCGCCGGCGCCGUGAACCUCAACGCGAUCCUUAUCUCCUACACCAACGGCGUCAUCUCCCGAGCCAUGUUCGGCGACGACGGGAGCUACGGCCUCGACGGCGGCGAGGGUGAGAAGCUAGCAAACCUGUUCGCCGACUUCGAGGAGCUGCUUGGGACGGUGACCGUGGGGGAGCUCGUGCCGUGGCUGGCGUGGGUCGACACUCUUAUGGGGUUGGACGCCAAGGCUGCGCGCACGUCCGAGGAGAUGGGCGCCUUGCUCGACCGGGUCAUCACGGACCACCGCCAGAGGCGUCAUGGCAACCGGCGGCGGGAAGAAGACGAUCACCGGGACUUCGUAGACGUGCUGCUGGACGUGAACGAGGCGGAGGAGGAGGCCGGCGGUGUCAAGUUUGACAACGUAGCCAUCAAGGCCAAUAUGCUGGUCUUGUUUGCCGCCGCCACGGACACGACCUACACGACGUUGGUAUGGGCCAUGGCGGAGCUCGUCAACCACCCACAGGAGAUGCUCAGGGUCCAAGACGAGAUCCGCGGGGUCGUCGGCGGCGGGGGCAGCGACGUCGUCACCGAGGACCACCUCGAGAAGCUGCGUUACCUCAAGUGCGUGAUCAAGGAGACGCUCCGACUGCACGCGCCGCUGCCACUGUUGCUGCCCCACGAGACAAUGGAGGACACAGAGCUACUAGGCUACCACGUUCCGGCGCACACCCGCGUCAUCGUCAACGCCUGGGCGAUCGCACGGGACCCCGCGACGUGGGAGCGCGCCGACGAGUUUGUGCCGGAGCGGUUCGCGGACGACGGCGAGACGGACUACUUGCUUGGACAGGACUUCAGGUUCGUGCCGUUCGGCGCCGGGAGGAGAGGAUGUCCUGGGGUCGGCUUCGCCGCGCCAGCCAUGGAACUGGCUCUGGCGAGCUUACUGUACCACUUUGACUGGGCGCUGCCGGCUGGCGGGGCGUCGAAGGUGGAGAUGGAGGAGCUGAACGGGCUAUCCGUAAGGCUUAAGGCGAUCCUACGUUUGGUUGCUAAGCCAUGGUAUCCUCAAUAA